GAAGAGAUAACGAUAUAAACAGCGGCGGAAGAGGCUCCGAAAAACAGUCGAGUCUGGAACGUCGCUGAGUUUACACGAACGAACCGAAAACUUUUGUAAGCGCACCGAAGUCAAUAUCCCGGAGUUAUCAUGUUGAAGGCGAUUAUUGUAUUCGCCACUAUUUUUGUGGCCGUGGCCUUGGCCAUGCAGCCCCUGGAGGAUAAUGAGAGGCACCACCACCUAAACCACAAACCCAGGUUGACCAAGCACCAUCAUAAGCUACAGGAGUUGAGUCACUCGACCGAGGAGCACACCAAACACCACUUCGUUUCCCUCGUUAAGGAGCAUGGAAAAUCUACUUCCCAAAGGAAGAGUAGGCAGGCCAAUAAGAAGGAGCUGAGUCACAAGAAGAGCCACCAUCAGAAGGAGCACCACAAGCACCAGGACAACCACUCCCGGAAAGUCCGUUCCCACUCAAAAGGCAGCAAACACCACAGCAAGAGACACGCGGGACAGCAUCGCCACUAGGGAAGAUAUAUCACCAGGAUAUAUCCUAUUUAAAUCCUAACUUAUGUGUAUGUAAGCUGUAUUAAAGUCAAGCCCACAUAAAUUCCAAAUACAGUAUGCAUUUGUAUUAUUCAAUUUAACUCCCAAAAGUAUUGAAAGAACAGAUUUUUUUAAAGAAUAUAUAAGAAAAUAUAUUGUGAACUAAAAGCCAUGACCAAAUAAACACGUUUUAUGAAUGAUUUUACUCAAGAAAGAUGUUACAUAAAAUAAAAAACUCAUAAUAAAACAUGA